AUGAGCAAUGCAUUUAAAUAGGCUGGAAACACUCUCUCAAAGGGUAAUGAUUUAGGAUAGACUGGACAGAGCUUCGCAGGAUCUCAGAAUCCAGCAUCGUUGAAAGGGAAACUAAUGAGUUUAGAAGAGACAAUCAAAGGCAUUUAAGAUGAGAUGAACUUUCAUAAGAAAGAAGUCUAGAUCUUAAAAUCUGAGAAGGACACACUUGAAUCAGUUUUAAGUAUGAAAACCUAAGAUGUCAAAAAAACAUUAACUAAUGAAUUAAUGAGAAUUGAGGAGGAAAUGAAACGACAUUUCGCCCAUCAAAAAGCAGAGAAUUCUAGAUUAUAAUAAUAAAUUACUGCUCUAAAAGGAGAAAAAACUGCUCUUCAAUAAUAACUACUUGGGCUUUAAAGAAGAAUCGCAGAACUAGAACUCCAAGUGGGAUAAGAGUAGGCAUGAUUAUUUGUCAUUAUCAUAAUAUAUACAUU